AAUUUCCUCUCUUCCUCUCUUUCCCAAUACUAUAAAUCUUCACCAUUUUCCUGAUUAGGGUUUUUGUUCGUUCUUGGCCGUCCCCUUCAUCGUUCCCAGAGAGAGGGAGAGAGUAAGUUGCAAUAGUAAAACAUGAAGACGAUCCUCUCAUCUGAAACCAUGGAUAUCCCCGACGGGGUGAAGAUCAAAGUGAACGCCAAAAUCAUCGAGGUCGAAGGGCCUAGAGGGAAGCUCGUUCGCAAUUUCAAGCAUUUGAAUCUCGAUUUCCAGUUGAUCACUGACGAGGAUACCGGAAAGAAGAAGCUGAAGAUUGAUGCAUGGUUUGGCUCCAGGAAGACUUCGGCUGCCAUUCGCACUGCUCUUAGCCAUGUUGAGAAUCUCAUCACCGGUGUCACCAAGGGCUACCGGUACAAGAUGCGAUUUGUUUAUGCUCACUUUCCCAUCAAUGCUAGCAUUACCAACUCCAACAAAUCCAUCGAGAUCCGAAACUUUCUUGGCGAGAAGAAGGUGCGGAAAGUAGAUAUGCUUGAUGGAGUAUCUAUUGUUCGAUCUGAGAAAGUCAAGGAUGAGUUAGUCUUGGAUGGUAACGAUAUUGAGCUUGUAUCUCGAUCUGCUGCCUUGAUUAACCAGAAAUGCCAUGUGAAGAACAAAGAUAUCAGGAAGUUUCUUGAUGGUAUUUAUGUUAGCGAAAAGGGAACCGUCGUUGAAGAAGAGUGAUGAAAGAGUAGUUUUGUUUAACCAUGCAUUGGCGUUCGGUGAUAGUUUCUUUUUAUAUAUUUAUAUCAAAUUCGUAGACAAAAUCAUGAGAGCUGGUUUUUGAAGGGACAAAAUUUAUCGUAAAGCAUUUAGUUGGACACCAAUCGUAAUGGUCGAUGGAGUAAAUGCCAGUUUUCAUUGUUUGGUUUGUUGUGGGAUUUCCAGAAGACCUAAUGUUGUUCCUCACUUUAGAUUUAAGAAUGCUGUUCAUCUUUCAAUUUAUAGUGAAGUUAUUGUUGAUUUUGGAUGCA